GCUCGCCUGGCCGCCGGCAGCGGUUUGCGGGCCCGCGCCGGGAGCUGUGUCCGUGUGGGCAGCGGGAGCCCGUCUGCACGAGCGAGGACGAGGAGAGCGAGGAGGAAGAGAGAGUGGACUUGGCAGAAAGCUCCUUGCUGAACAAGCUGAUCCACACGUCCCUCGUGGAGUCCAGCCAUCACGUGGAGAUCCUGCAGCAGGACCCCAGCUCGCCUCUCUUCUCCGUGAAAACCUUUGAAGAGCUGCGCCUGAAGAAGGAGCUCUUGCAGGGGGUUUACGCCAUGGGCUUCAACAGGCCGUCCAAAAUCCAGGAGACGGCUCUGCCGAUGAUGCUGGCACAUCCGCCCCAAAAUCUGAUUGCACAGAGCCAGUCAGGGACAGGGAAGACGGCAGCUUUUGUGUUGGCGAUGCUGAGCAGAGUUAAUGGUGCUGAGAGGUACCCGCAGUGCCUCUGCUUGGCUCCAACCUACGAGCUGGCCCUGCAGAUUGGACAUGUGAUCGAGAAGAUGGGGCAGUUUUGUGCCGACAUCAGGGUUACAUAUGCUGUCCAGGGAAACAGAGUUCUGCCAGGCGCCAUGCUGGAGGAGCAGAUUGUCAUCGGGACUCCUGGGACAAUGCUGGACUGGUGUUUCAAACGGAGAGUGGUGAAUAUGAAGGGAAUCAGCCUGUUUGUGCUGGAUGAAGCUGACGUAAUGAUCGACCAUCAGGGCUUCUCGUACCAAAGCAUUCGCAUUCAGAGGGCUUUACCUAGGGGCUGCCAAAUGCUGCUUUUCUCCGCAACCUUCAAGGAAACGGUGUGGAAUUUUGCAAUGCAAAUUGUCUCCAACCCCAUCAUAAUAAAGCUCCGUCAGGAAGAGCUCACCCUGAGCAAUAUCAGGCAGUACUACUUUGUGUGCAGGAACAGAGAGGAGAAGUACGAGGCCCUGUGCAACAUCUACAGCAGCAUCACCGUUGGCCAGGCUAUGAUAUUCUGCCAGACUCGCAGGAGUGCGGACUGGCUGUCGGUGGAGAUGAGCAAGGAUGGGCACAAGGUCGCCAUGCUGACGGCAGAGUUGACCAUAGUGCAGAGGGCCAAUGUGAUUCAGAGAUUCCGCGAUGGGAAGGAGAAGGUCCUCAUCACCACGAACGUCUGUGCUAGAGGGAUUGAUGUGGCACAAGUCACCAUAGUGGUGAACUUCAGCCUCCCUGUUAAUCAGCAGAAACAGCUGGAUUUUGAGACCUACCUGCACCGCAUUGGGCGAACGGGCCGCUUUGGGAAGAAGGGCAUUGCCUUCAACAUGGUGGAAAGGCAGACCACGUACCUCGUGCACAGUAUAGAGGAGCAUUUCCAGACCGAGAUCAAGAGGCUUGACCCAGAUGAGGAUGAGCUGGAGCAGCUGGACAACUGAGCAAAAUGUCAGGAU